GUGCCGGCUGAGGUACCGGGUGAGGGUCAGACAUGGACGCCACAGCCCAUGAGCUGGACGCGGUGAGGUUUGCGCAGCUGGCGGUGCAGCGGGACCACGGUGGGCGCUACCAGGAAGCCGUCUUCUACUAUAAGGAAGCUGCCCAAGCCUUGAUUUAUGCUGGGAUGGCAGGGUCCAACUUGGAAAACAUCCAAGAAAAAAUAAAUGAGUACUUGGAAAGAGUUCAAGCUCUUCAUUCAGCAGUUCAGUCACAGAACACAGACCCUCUGAAGUCAAAACAACAGUUGGACUUGGAGCGUGCUCACUUCCUGGUUACCCAGGCUUUUGAUGAAGAUGAUAAAGGCAAUGCAGAAGAAGCUGUAGAGUUGUACACAGAAGCAGUGGAACUCUGUUUGAAAACAGCUGCUGAAACUUCAGAAGCAGGCCUCCAGUCCAAACUGAAACAGCUGGCUCGACAAGCACUGGAUAGAGCAGAGGCACUGAAGGAAUCUACAUCAGAGUCAUCUCAGAAGAAGUCAACUGCAGCUAAACCAAACCAUCCAGUCAGAACAUUCUUCCCACUGGGACCUGAUUUCUCUUUAAAUGAUAAACCACAGACAGUUAGAGCAGUGCAGGCCAGUGAACCUCAAGGGCAGAGAUACACUGCGGAGGAGAUUCAAGUCCUGAGGAAGACCUCAAAAAUUAAUGGCAUCGAAUAUGUACCUUUCAUGAGUGUUGAUCUGAGGGAACGUUUUGCCUUCCCUAUGCCAUUUUCUGAUAAAUGUGGGAAGCUACCGUUAUCCCCCAAACAGAAAGCAAUGUUUGCUAAGUGGGUGCGACCGGAUGAUAUAACAAAUAACCCCACGAUGAUUUAUACUGUAUCAAGUUUCAGCAUAAAGCAGACGAUAGUGUCAGAUUGCUCUUUUGUGGCAUCACUGGCUAUCAGUGCAGCAUAUGAAAGAAGAUAUAACAAAAAGUUGAUCACAAGUAUAAUUUACCCUCAGAAUAAGAAAGGAGAACCAGAAUAUAAUCCAUGUGGCAAAUACAUGGUAAAGCUUCAUAUCAAUGGUGUACCUAGAAAGGUAAUCAUAGAUGACCAGUUACCUGUUGAUCAUAGUGGAGAACUUCUCUGCUCUUAUUCUAACAAUAAGAAUGAAUUAUGGGUAUCAUUAAUAGAAAAGGCUUACAUGAAGGUCAUGGGAGGAUACGAUUUUCCUGGAUCAAAUUCAAAUAUUGAUCUCCAUGCACUGACUGGUUGGAUACCUGAAAGAAUCGCUAUGCACUCUGACAAUCAGGCUUUCAAUCAAGAUAGUACUUUCAGAAUACUUCAUCAGAGAUUUCACAAGGGAGAUGUCCUUAUCACAACAGCAACAGGGGUGAUGUCUGAAGAGGAAGGAGAAAAAUGGGGUUUAGUUCCAACCCAUGCAUAUGCAGUCUUGGAUAUAAGGGAAUAUAAGGGACUUCGGUUUCUUCAGCUAAAAAAUCCCUGGAGUCACUUACGUUGGAAAGGACGAUACAGUGAAAAUGACACAAGAAACUGGACCCCAGAUUUACAAAAAUACUUGAACUUUGAUCCAAGAACAGCUCAGAAAAUUGACAAUGGCAUUUUCUGGAUUGCCUGGGAGGACCUGUGCCAGCACUAUGAUGUUAUUUAUUUGAGUUGGAACCCAAGUCUUUUUAAAGAAUCUACGUGUAUUCACAGUACUUGGGAUGCCAAGCAAGGUCCCGUGAAGGAUGCUUACAGCCUGGCUAAUAACCCUCAGUACAAGCUAGAGGUCCAGUGUCCACAGGGUGGAGCUGCCGUCUGGGUCCUGCUCAGCAGGCACAUCACUGAUAAGGAUGACUUUGCACACAAUCGGGAGUUCAUUACAAUGGUCGUAUACAAGACUGAUGGCAAAAAAGUUUACUAUCCAGCUUCUCCUCCUCCAUAUAUUGAUGGUAUUCGGAUCAACAGUCCUCAUUAUCUGACCAAGAUAAAGCUGACCACUCCGGGGCCCCAUACCUUUACCUUAGUGGUGUCCCAGUAUGAGAAACAAAACACUAUCCAUUACACCAUCAGGGUGUAUUCCAUGUGCAAGUUCACCCUUUCCAAGAUUCCUACACCUUACACCAUUUCCAAAAGGGUUAAUGGACAGUGGAAAAGUCACAGUGCUGGAGGAUGUGGAAAUUUCAGAGACACCUACAAAAAUAACCCCAUUUAUCAAUUCCAGCUGGACAAGAAUGGACCAUUACUAAUUGAACUACGGGGACCAAGGCAAUACAGUGUUGGUUUUGAACUCAUCACAGUCUCGACAGUAGGAGAACCUGGUUCCUAUGGCUUUCAGAAAAAGAGCAGUGGUGACUACAGGUGCGGAUUUUGCUACUUGGAAGUGGAGAACAUAGUUGCCGGAGUUUACAACAUUAUCCCUACCACAUUCCUGCCUCAGCAAGAGGGUCCUUUUUUCUUAGACUUUAACAGUACUACUCCUCUUAAAGUAUCACAGCUGCAGUGAAGACACAGAUCUAUACAUUACUGUUUCAGGAUGUGGUUUUGAUCUCUCCGACUGUCUGAGAACAGGUGAAUAACUCUUAGUUACACAUACAGAGAAAAUAAAAUCAUUCUAAGUUAUAGCCAAAAGCAUGGAACUGCUGGUUUGCCAGUCUAACUGUUGCAGACAGCUGUGGGAUUUGCUGCUAUGGUACUGGAGCAAGCACUGCUCAAUAGGCUAAGUGAUUAUAGUCAAAUGGCAGACUCCAUUUAUUGCAGUUUUUUCACACUUCAGAUUCUAGUGAGUUAAGGGAAAAACCUCACAGUGGUAUUCUCUUCUCCCAGAUUACAGGGUAUAUGGGUUUGAGAUUUUAUUCUUAAAAGUAAACAUGUAAGAAAAUGUUCUUGAGUAUCUGCUUAUUCAGUCUCAAGACCAAAUAGCUUUUCCUACCUAUUUGUGCUGCCAUCUUGAGUGUUUCCAGCAUUGAACUAGCAUAUAGUAUUCCAGACAAGUAUGUUCAGCUUAUCCAGAAUACGUAUAUUGGAGUAAAGAAAAGGGAAGAUUCUGGCUUUAGCUACUGCUAAGAAAAGCAAUGGCUUCACCCAUGUUAUGGGUACUUGAGAGCUGUCACUUCAUACCUGCAUUAUUUUAGUACAUAACAUUACCACAUGAGGCACUCUAUGGCUUUCUUCCUACUUUCUUUCCUAUUUUCAUUCUGUGGCUUUCUGAUCAAAGAUGAAGAUCAGCACUAAAAACAGGAGGUUAGGCAGCAGCAGACAGAGUGCAGUACAUCCUUUGUUUAGCAAGGUGCGAGGAUUUUCAUCUGCAGGUGCACUAGAAGAGUCCCUGUAUCUGCUGAGGCAAUCUCCUUUGCUGGUGUGAGGAGGUAGGGAACUACCCAUCCUGGUAAAGACAUGUUUUAUUCUCAUUAUUUUUCUAUGUGUUCAGCCUGAAGGGGAAUGAUCAGUUAAACCUCUCUCCAUAAUAAACUCCAGCUCCAAGAAAUACACUUGCUGCACCUAUUAGACCAGACAUCAUCUGAUACCUCUUCUAAGUUGAAACCAGUGAAUGAAUUGAGUGCUUGGCCAGUGUUGUCAGCAGAAGCAGGGGCAGAGUUUUUAAUACAAUAGUGGAAGUGAGGUUAGUGUGGAACAGGAUAUUGUUACAAGAUGCCUCUAUAUGCUUUUCAUAAAAUUGUGGAAUGGUUUGGGUUGGAAAGGACCAUAACAGCAUCCAGUUCCAACCGCCUGUCGUAGGCAGGGGAUGCCUCACACUAGACCUUGAUUCCCAAGGCUCUGUUCAA